GGCGCAAAAGAAUCCCAGGUUAGACCGAUUGCUGUUCAAUCCGACCUUAGUGGAAAUACACGCGGGGUCUUUUCGCUUUCUCUCCUUAACUCAACAUUCCCUUCUGCUUCUACAUCUCUCUGCGACUUAUUCCUGAUUGCCCCGAGUCUGAUCAACCCUUUAAUCGAUCAUCAAACAACAGAAACCUUUUGCGCCCUCAAUCCCCGCGAAGGGGCAUGUGCUAGUCGAAAUCAAUCGCCAACAUGUCCCCUCUCAGAGGUUACAUCACAUCAUACCCGCCACGUGUGCGCCAGUAUGGAAACGCGUUGUUGACGCCUGUCUACCCGGUGCAGACGGGUCCGACGCCGCGGACGACAAAGCGCGGAACCACGGCGAUCAAUUAUGCCGAGGACGGUUACGAUGAUGAUGAUUUUGAUGAGAGUGAUAACCCUCGCCGGCCAACUGGGCUAAGGAGUCUACGGCGCGAGGAGUCGACUGGUGGUAUGCUGGCGCCGUUGGAGAAACUGGGCAAGGAAGUGCAUGCGCCUGUCGAGGUGCAGGGUGUGUUUCGUGAAUGGAUGAUCAAACGGAUGCUGCGACCUGCGUGUGCGGACCAACUACAAAUCCAAGCGCAGCUCCCGUUGACACUGGUUCCGAUUCGAAUUGACGUGGAAGUUGCCGCGCAUCAACCCCUCGAACCUUUCCCUUUUCCCCGCGGCGUGAAUGAACAAAUUAUAAACCCGACCCUUCCUGCAUACCGGAGACCGGACCCUCUACCUCCCUUCAGAAUCAAGGACACCUUCCUGUGGAACCUCCAUGAGGCUCUCGCUACGCCAGAGGAGUUUGCCAUCGGCUUUGUUCGCGAUCUCGAUCUUCCCAACCCACAGGCGACGACGAUGACCAUUAGUAAUCAGAUUCGCCAACAACUGGAAGAGUAUGCAGGUGUGGCCUUGCAUCCUCUCUUCCAAAGCAGCCAUUCAAUCCAUGCACCGGGUGUAGCCCCACAGACAGAUGCUUCGCGAGAUGUGUCCAUGACCCCCGCUGCGACGAACGUCGAUACACCCGAUAGCCGGGGUAACGGGGCUACAGUAACAGUCACAAAAGAGGCACUGGUGAACGACAGUCUCCUGAACCCGGACGAUGCAUACCGGUGUUUGAUCAGCCUCAACAUUAAUCUUCAAAAUAAGCUCUACACGGAUAAGUUCGAGUGGUCGUUGCUUCAUCCUCCUGGUAUGGCCGAGGAGUUCGCCCAGAUUACUUGCGCCGAUCUACAUCUCGGCGGAGAAUGGGUGAGCGCGAUUUCACAUGGCAUCUACGAGGCCGUCUUGAAGUUGAAGAAGGAGGUCUGUGAGAGCGGGGGCCUGAUCAAUGGCUACGGAAAUGAGAUCGACAAUCAAGCUGCCAACGGUGUGGAGGCUGGCUGGCGAUACGAUCCCGAGACCCUGGGUGAUAAGUGGCAGCCUCAAGUUGAGACUCUGUCCAAGGAGGAGAUCGAGAGGCGGGAAGGUGACCGCGAGCGUGAAAUUCGACGUGUACGGCGAGAGACUGCGCGAUUCUCUUCAACCACGGGCAUUACACCAGAGGUGUCUCGGCAAAACAGCGGUGGCUAUUUCGACGUUGAUAGUGAAACGCCGUUGGGACGUGGUGAGCGGAAUAAGCGGAAGCGUCGCUUCCGUAGCCUCAGUCCAUUGGGGAGAGGCACGCCCGGUGGCCGAGGCACUCCGGAAACGGGAUCAGGUGCUGGGUAUGGUGGCGGAGGUGGUACUCUCACGGAUUGGGAACGACAAAGCUGGCGAUGCAGCAAUUGUAUGGUAUGGGGUACAGCCGUCUGGGCAGUUCGAGAUGGACCGGAUGGCCCUCGCACUCUUUGCCACAACUGUGGUUUCCUCUACGAGCGGGACAAGACCACUCCAGAAUGGUCAAGAGACCUGCACCGUCACGAUAUCCCUGUCGGCCGGUAUACCUAGAUAUCCCAUGGAAUUGGACGAUCUUGUUUGAGUAUAGGAUUUAUUUUAUGUUCUUUCUGUUUCUCUUGUCCUUUCGAGGGGAUACAUUGGUAGGCGCGGAAACGGUGCUCUUUUUUUUCAUUACCAUAAUGUAUGAAUAUGACUCUUAAGCUGAUUCGGUUUCAUGCCGCUUAAUCCUCCAUACUUGGGUGUUGAGUUGUGUAGUUAGGCUAUAUGGUUUUUUCUGUCUUUUAUUAAUGAAACAUAUUGGAUACUCGAAGAUCCAUCAAUGAAGAUGUGAGACCGAUUAGUUGAGAUCCAGUCACAAUGCGAUAAUUCAAAU